UUCCCCUUUUAACUAGAACAUAGUAUUUUUGUUCAGUUGUUUUAUGAUCAUCUUUGAUCUUGGUUUAACCGUCAGGGCCUUAUGGCUACAGGAAUUGUGCUUGAAGAAGAUCAGAGCCUGUGGCAAGAGCAGACCAGACUAUUUAACUUUUUGAAGCACUAUGACCUGCACAAAUAUUUUUCUAAGUUUGUGGAUAGUGGAGUGAAAAGACUAACUCACCUCAAAGAUGUGGCUGUAGACGACGCUAGCCUGAAUGAGAUUGGACUGACCAGGCCAGAAAGAAUCAGGCUUAGAAAGAAAGUCAAAGAAAAUGUUGAAUCCUACGGAAAGUUUAAGAACUGGCUUCUUGGGAAGUCAAACAGGUUUGACGACCCAGCCCCCGAGGUAGGUGGCCCUCCUGCACACGAGCCCACUGCAGUGAGGUCACGUGCAGCUUCUGUUAUCCCAAAAGACCAGAUACGUCUGGGAGACAAGAUUGGAGAAGGGGCACACGGCUCAGUGCAUAGGGGGGUCUGGUCUGAUGUUCAUGGCUCAGUGUCGGUAGCAGUAAAGAGAUUGUAUGGACGGCAAGAGGUUCAGACUCAGUUCAUCAAGGAGGCUAACUCCAUGUGUAGUUUGGACCAUCCGAACAUCAUCAAGCUUUAUGGCAUUGUGCUCUCAGAACCACUCAUGCUGAUUGAGGAGCUGGCCCCACUGGGUAACCUGUACUCUUAUCUCCACAAGCAUGGUGGACGACUCACUUUGAGAGGCUUCCACUCUUACGCCUAUCAGAUAGUCGAUGCUAUGAGGUACCUGGAGAAGAACAGGAUACUACAUCGCGACCUUGCUACAAGGAACAUUCUCCUUCUGCAGGAAGACUCGGUGAAACUGAGUGACUUUGGAAUGGCACGAGUACUGGAUGAUCAUUCUGAAGUGUACAAUCUCUCCAACCUUGGCGCUAGAAUCCCUGUAGCAUGGACUGCAAUAGAGGCCCUCACAAGUGCCAAGUUCUCCACUUCAUCUGAUGUUUGGAGCUAUGCAGUGGUCCUCUGGGAGAUCUAUUCUCUCGGGGAGACACCAUUUGAGGGGCUUAGUCCAGUUGAGAUAAGAGACAUGCUUCUGCGGGGUGAGAGAUUAGGUCGACCGGAGAGGUGUCCGACUGAGAUGUAUGACAUUAUGAAAUCUUGUUGGAACCUUAGCCCCCAUGACCGACCCUCAUUUACUCAGCUUCACCAGAGAAUUGAAACUUGCUCUCCGUCUGUGGUUCGUGCUAUUCAGUCACAUGACGUCGCAGAAGAUCCUUCGUAUCUCUCAUUCAAAACAGGGGAGUUGAUCUAUGUCAUUGACAAACCCAAACCAGAGUGGAUCUUUGGGAUGAGUGCAGAUGGUUCCAUAGGUCAGCUCUCAUCAGAUAAUGUGACCAAUGUUGUAGCUGCUCUGGACGAUAUAAAGGCCAAGGUCAACUCUGGGAAGGUUAAGGCAGCAAACUUGUCGAUCAGUGAUCCCACCAGUGUGGAUCACAUGAUGCAUUGGGGGAGGGAUGGUACAAAGUGGCAAGUCAACGAACCAGACGUAGGCAUCCUGGGACGAUACACACCUCCUGGUAGCUCACCAGUCACCAGCCCCAAGCAGAAUGGUCACUUCUCCCCCCAACCCACCAAUCCGAAGUCCCCCUAUCUUCAACUAAGUAGUGCACGCAGCCCCAGUCCUAGUGGUCAGCAGUCUCCACUAAUGAAUGUAACCUCUUCCACAACGUCUGUCGUCACAAUGACAACAGCGGAGUCAUCCAAUCGCCCCCCUUCCUCUCAGUAUGCCUCCAGUCAGCAUGUGGAGUCUACAGAGCCUGAUCUGGGCUAUGAGAUCACCUAUGGCGAUACUAAAUUCAUGGGACAUCAGAGAUAUGUGGCCAAUAGAGCCAGCUAUGCAUCGGACCAUAGCUCACCUCAGCACACAACUAGUGCAGAGGGUGUACAUGCAAGUGCCGUAUCACCACUUCAACUUCAAACUCAGAUAUCUGAAGACAACUCGUAUAUCGUAAUGGGCAGAACUAAUCUCCCCGAUCAAGAUGUCGUGCAGCGGUUGUCACAAGUAAAUGUUCAUGCUACAAUAGGGGACAGUCACGAAGAGCAAGAAGAUGGAUACAUUCGCAUGGGACCUCACUCUGUCCUAGCUGCUAAUCUUCAUGGCUACAUAAAUAUUCCCCCAAAUGCAUCGUCACAAGGCUAUGCAGUUCCUAGGACAUUCGCUACCACAACAGCGGUUGACGUACAUGUACAAAGAAGGAGUAUUCUGGAUGAUGAUGUCCCAACAGCAGGGUCUACCCUUCCAGAUCCUAUUUACCCUAUGUCAUCUAAUGAUGGCCAUGUCGUAUCACAGUACAGUGUGGCAGGUGCUGCUGCAAUGGGAGAUGCUAUGAUGCCUCGCUCAUAUCGAUUUCUUAACAGCACUAGUAGACCCCCAACCAACAGCCAAAGCUUUACUAAUACCGAAGACAGCACACGUCCAAGAGAAGUCUUAACUUCAAUACACAGACAUAGCCAGAAGGAAGUGUGGUCACCACCAGGAGAACACCAGGCAGACACUAACCCUCCUGUGCCUAAGCCAAGACAAAGCUUCUCCUCAGACCUAUCCCGUCGUUCUUCUAGUGAUAGGACCAACUCACAAACAUCAGCUGCAGUAGGAAUAACUGCUUUGCACCCACGCCCCGGCUCAAGAGUUGGUAUUCAUGGGAACCCAGCAUUUGAUAGCAUCAGAAAUGAUCCUGAAUUCUCAGACUGUGCGUCAGCAGUAAUACGCAAUUCAUUGCAAAAACACAAUAACAAUUUCGAGAAGGCCAAACAGGAGAUUCGUAUUAACAAACUCUUGGACAUGGGUAUCCCGAACAUUAAUGAAGCGGACUGUGAAAGAGCUUUGUCACACUGUCAACAAAAAACUGACCGUGCAGCAGAGUGGCUGCUGCAGAUGAGUGAUGAUAUCGAGGAGAGAGCUCAAUAGGGCUCUAUAAUUAGCUGUGUCUGCAUUUAUAUAUUUUUAUGCCAUAAUUAUCACGUACUAUAAUUAUAUAUUCCACGUACUUUUACGCUGGAAAAAUGUCAGUAUAUUGUACGUGUAGAAGUUUAAAAAGACUGCCUAUUAUUCAAAAAUUA